AUGGAAACGACCCUCGCUGUUCUCGACGUCCGUGAAAAGGAAACAGGAAAUCAGGUCCGUCCUCCGGCGUUUCCAACACCCAAACCAAACGGGUUUCCCGAGCAUAAGAAACGGACGAGGGUUUCGGCAUUUAAAAAGCAAAAACAAAAAGAGCAGUCGGGCGCAACAUCGAACUCUAGUCUUAGUACCUCGCAGUCUUCAUUACCAUCAGGAAGCCAAACUGAAGAUGGGCCAAGCAACGACCAAGACAGGCCGCACUUUGAUUCGGAGCGGAGGAGGAUAGACAAGGAGAACAGGGAGCGGCUGGCGGCAAUGUCAGCAGAAGACAUAGCGGAAGCUCAGAAUGAGAUUCUGCAGCUCGAUCCUUCUUUGAUUCAGAUGCUGUUGCGUAGGGCAAAUCUCGACGAGAAGCCCGCUGGUCCGGAUCCUUUUGCUGUCGACAACUCCGCCGAAACCGCGCCAAGUAAAUCGGAUGUCACUGACCAAGUGCCGCCCCCGUUAAAAUCUACCUCAAGUAGUAAAACAGAAGACGAAAGCAAGGCCGAUACAAGAGAAUCAAGAACAGAAAACGAGGCGCCUGCACCCAAGAAAAAAACAGUCUCUUUCGCACCGACAGUGGAGGAUGAUGAGCCCGAUGCAGAACCUACACUUCGGCCAGAAAUACCGGACCAGGCUCUUCCAACAAACACAACACAUUUUCCACACCCCGCGAAUCCCCCCGACCUCGACCCAGCCGAUCCCAAUUUUCUCGAAACCCUACACUCAAAAUACUUCCCCAACCUCCCCGCCGAUCCAGCCCGGCUCGCCUGGAUGGCGCCCUUGCCGACCGAGGACUCCCCUGCGGACCGCGAGUCGCCAUACUACCCGGGGCAGACGUCUCUGGCCGUGUCACAGCUGCGGUUCGACUUUCAGGGCCGCCUGCUGCCGCCCCGCAUCAGCCGCAAGAUCCCCGUGUCCCUGGGCCUGCACCACCACGGCGAGGCGCCCGAGGCCGCUGGCUACACCGUGGGAGAGCUGGCGCGGCUGGCACGGAGCGCCGUCCCCGCUCAGCGGUGCAUCGCCUUCCAGACCCUCGGGAGGAUCCUCUUUCGGCUCGGCAAGGGCGAGUGGGGCGUCGGCGAGGGCACCAUGGGCAUGGGCAUCUUUCGUUGCGUGAGCGAGGGCAGGGUCCUCGACUCUCUAAAGGAGGCCGCUGCUGUCGAGGAGGGAGUUGGUCAUCGCAGUAGUAGGGCCUAUGCUAUUGAGGCGCUUUGGCUCUAUGAAAAGGGCGGCUGGACCAAGUCUUUCAAGGGACGCUGA